CAUUCAUUCCCGUAGUUAUUGCCGAUCGCGCAUCAUACACCCACGGCCAUUAAGUGACGAAGAAAGGAACAUGUUGAAAUUGGUGGUGUGUCUAGCGUUUUUGGGCCUGGCGGCCUGUUACGAUUUCAAAGAUUCGUACUACAAUGAACUGGUCCUGGAGGAAAUUUUGGACAGCGAGGAUACUCCUACCAUGAUGGACCGCUUCAAGCGAUCCACGCCGGAGAUGACCGAUGACAAGUGCAAGCGCAACCACAAGCACAAGUGCUGCAACGACCUGAACGGCGAGAACAUGGAUAAAUUCCGUGAGACCAAGAAGCAGUGCUUCAUGGAGGCCCGAUCCACCAACGAACGCUCUGCCCGUGGAAUGAUGAACCCGGUGGAUAUGUUCGAUUGCGAAAAGAUGAACAAGACCAAACAGGAGUACAUCUGUGCCGUCGAGUGCGUGAGCCGCAAGUUCAACAUCAUCGACAAGGACGGUAACCUGCUGGAGUCGGACAAACUGGUCGAGUUCACCAAGGAAAACUUCGCCGCCGAUCCAUGGCAGGAACCAGUGGUGGGAGGAUUGGUCGAGUCCUGCAUCAAGGAGGUAGCCGAAAAGAACGAGAAGAUGAAGGCCGCUGGCGAUUAUACGACCUGCAAUCCAUCCUCGUCUAACUUUGGCUACUGCAUGUGGCGUCAGAUGACAUUGGCUUGCCCGAAGGAAAAGCAAGAUCAGUCCAAGAAGUGCGAAAAGAUGCGGGAAAAGUUUGCCAACAACGAAUCGUUCUCGCCGUACCACAAGCAUGACUUUGAUGACAACUAAAAGUGACUAUGGUAAUUGGU